AUGCUCUUACCUUCAUCGUUCCCUACUCUCAAGCGAUCUACCUCUCCUAAGCAAUUUUACAGGCGCUUCUUACAACACCUACAGCUGCUCCCAGAUCCUCACAUAUGGUCGAUACUCAUCCCUUGCUUCAGAAAGCUGUUGAAGCAAUCAUCUGAUGGAUUUACCGGGGAUGAUGCUACCUACAAGUCAGCCUCGGAGAUGAUACCUGCGGAGGAAAGUUCGAGAGCAGCAUCUGAAAGGGUGAAACAGUGGAAGAGGGAAAGAGCAUUGAAGAGGGCCGAAAGGGAGCUCCAAAGACUUCGUGCAGCCGUAGCUUGUCACCCGCAUGCGUUGACUCGGCUGAUCGAAGAAGCUUAUGGUCAGAGAGGUGUUAUCAGGCAUGAUCUGCUGAAGGUCAUCUCCUCACCAUACUCGGUCAAUCCCCACUUCGAUCCCCUCCCACCUCCUCUACAACCUCUGAAACCCCCUCCGCCAGCUCCUUCAGAAGCUCAACCCCGAGCUCGGAAAGCAAUGCCACCCUGUAGAGUAAGAGCCGAACUCAGAAGGUCUAUCGAACGGGAUUGGAGCAUGGUCAAGCCUCCCUUGCUACUUUCAUUCACUGCAUUAGAUAAACAGGACAUAUAUAUGGGAUCUAAUGGUUGGGAUAGACGGGCAGUGGAGAAUCUUCGCUUGCUAUCAACAGGCUAUGAUUCAUCCCGGACAGAUCAGCUGAACAAGCUCGAUUUUUCUUCUCUUCAGCCUCACAUUCGACGCUUGUUUCCCGUAAAGCGUGUGCCUAGAUUAAGAGAACCCUCCUUCGCACCCCCACGUCCAAAAGCGACCAGACAGAAUCCGAAUAUAUGGGGUUUUGCCCGUCAACUGGAUUGGAGACUUCUAAGUAGGACUUAUAGAAGGUUCUGGGAUGGACUGGUCUGGGUACGCCCCAUCAAAGUAGGUCAUCAAGAUAGGUGGACCAAAUGUUCUUACGAGGAAACGAAGAAUCCACCUGAGGUGGUGCUGGCUGGUCCGGACAAACAAGGAUUGAAAGCUAAGAAAUCCAGUAAAAAGCGUAACAACACUCCCAGGAUUGAACCCGAUAGGUGGACCGAAGCGACGGAGGACGAUAUGAAAUUUUUUAACUUGCGAUCAGGAUGCGAAUAG